CACACCGCGUGUGUGUGAUGAAGAAAAAAACGUGAAAACAGAAGUAGAAUUGGUUGUCGGAUUGUUGAGUAAGACUUUUGCCAAACAACCCACCAUACAGGUCUCGUGUAAUCCAAUUGAAUGUCGUGACGGGAAAUCUCGGGUCACGCUGUUUGAUCUCAUUACCGGUUACCUUCACCCGAAAUGCCGUUUCACGUUGGUGGGUCUGUGUUGUUUUGAUCAAGGUUCUCCAUCUAUUCCAUAUGCAGUUCUUGUCUCCCUCCAUUUCGAUGGGUUUUCAAUUCUGAAGGACAAUUAGCUCAUUGUGUUUCCGAUGGAAGGAUGUUGUGAAUUUUUAUUAUUUCUGCCCUGAAUAGAAGGGCGAGGCCUCAUGUGUGUUUGGAAUCCUUUGCCGAGUCGGACUGCCAUUUGUUUAUUUAAAGAGUUGAUUUUUUUCUGCCAGCCAAGAUGCCCGGAAUUUGCCCUCGUUGCCAAAAGAAUGUUUACUUUGCCGAGGAGAAAAUGGCUUUGGGCAAAUCGUUCCACAAGAUGUGCUUCGCUUGCGCCAACUGCAAAAAGAUGUUGGACAGCACGAACGCGACCGAGCACGACGACGAGCUCUUCUGCAGGUCCUGUUACGGCAAGAAAUUUGGACCCAAAGGUUACGGUUACGGCGGCGGUGGAGCUGGAGUCCUAUCCAUGGAUGACGGAACCGGAUACAUUAACGGACCUCCAACAUCGAAUAUCCCGCAAUUGGCACAAGCUCACGUAGCCCCACUUCUGGCCAAUGGAGGAGUCAACGUCAAAAAGACGAACGGAAACGGAUACAGCAAAUUCGGCUCGAGGAUCGACUGUCGCCGAUGCGGCAAAGUGGUUUUUAUGGCGGAGAAAAUGAUGGGCGGAGGUUCCUGUUGGCACAAGAGUUGCUUUACCUGCCUGUCGUGCAACAAGCGACUCGAAUCGACGUCGCUGUGUGAACGCGAAGGCGAAAUUUACUGCAAAAGCUGUUAUGGCAAACAGUUUGGACCUAAAGGCUAUGGGUUCGGACUAGGAGCCGGAGUCUUGCAAAUGUCUGAAUAGCUAUUUUCCCUUUACUUCUUCUGGGGGUGGAACGGACGUGCAGAUUCGAAUGAGAAACUUUAAAGAACUGGUUCCAGUUUGAAAUACCCCCUUUUAUCAAAUCCCCCUCCCACCGAGACGUGGUACGGAAGGCCUCCCAAAUGGCUGACGACUUGUGUGUGUGUGUGUGUAUGUUGCAGACAAACAAAGGAAGAAGAAAAUGAUGAUCUAUCUAAAUAACCUAUUUUUUUUUCCUAACCGGUCCAUUCAUUGGCUAAGUAUAUCCGCCUCCCCUCUGUAAGUUCACUUUAUCAACGAGCAUUAUAUAAUUUUUUUUUUUAAAUUUCAAUCGAGUCGACAUCCGCAUAAACAUUCCCUCCGUUCCUGCUAAUCUUUUCUUUCGUGUGUUUUUGUUUAAACUUUUUGGUCUUUUUCCUCUGAUCCUUCGAUACGGUACCCAUCGCCAUGUUAUGUUAUCCCUUGAAAUCCCGAGGCAUUUCGUGUUCCUGUUUUUCUUUCUUUUUUUGAAUGACGCGCCGUUUUCAAAAAUGUUUCAAACCCUCCGAAUUUUCUCGACGCGUCAACUGACCUGAAUUUAUUUCACCUAUCCAUUCCACUUGCCCAAUUUGCCUUAAUCCGACUCUCGAAAUCAUCAAGUGUCUUAUUGAAACAUGAACAUGUGUGUAUCGGUGCCAAUAUACUAUUAUAAUUGCA